AUGGGGAGGGGAAGGGUUGAGCUGAAGCGUAUCGAGAACAAGAUCAACCGGCAGGUCACCUUCUCCAAGCGCCGCAACGGCCUGCUCAAGAAGGCCUACGAGCUCUCCGUGCUCUGCGACGCCGAGGUGGCGCUCAUCAUCUUCUCCAGCCGCGGCAAGCUCUACGAGUUCGGCAGCGCCGGCACAACAAAAACAUUGGAAAGAUACCAACACUGCUGCUAUAAUGCUCAAGAUUCCAAUGGCGCACUAUCUGAAACUCAGAGCUGGUACCAGGAAAUGUCAAAGCUAAAGGCAAAAUUCGAAGCGUUGCAGCGAACUCAGAGACACUUGCUUGGGGAGGACCUUGGACCGCUCAGCGUGAAAGAACUGCAGCAGCUGGAGAAACAGCUAGAAUGUUCUCUGUCACUGGCCAGACAGCGAAAGACACAACUUAUGAUGGAGCAGGUGGAGGAACUUCGCAGGAAGGAGCGUCAGCUGGGAGACAUCAACAGGCAACUCAAGCACAAGCUCGAUGCUGAAGGCAGCAACAGCAACAACUACAGGGCCAUGCAGCAGAUCUCCUGGGCUGCCGGCACCGUCGUGGACGAGGGCGCCGCCGCAUAUCACAUGCAGCAGCAGCAGCAACACCCUAAUCAUUCCGCUGCUAUGGACUGUGAACCCACUCUGCAAAUUGGGUACCAUCAUCAGUUCGCGGCUCCUGAUCAGGCAGCCAAUAAUAUUCCACGGAGCAGCGCCCCCGGAGGGGAGAACAACUUCAUGCUGGGGUGGGUUCUCUGAGCGAGCGAGCUGCUAGCGCAGCUGGUUAGCUUGUCUGUCCAUCAGCCAAGAAACCAAAUAAAAUGCGUGUGCUGCUCCUUCAUGCUCUACACGAGAAGUAUCCUGCGUCGCGCGUGCCUCUUUCUUUAUUUUUACUCGUUGUUUGUGUGUGUAAGAAGUAAGAACCAAGAACCACUUCUAUAUUUUGAGUAUUUUAACUGCAUGGAUCUUGUAAAACACUUGCAAGUUCCAAGCUGUCCAUGCAUGCAUGCCAAGUUAUCCAGUAAAACUAUAAUUUGUGGACGAUUAUUGCUUAUGCGUGUUUCA